AUGUAAUAAAAUGAGAUGAUUUAGCUAUUUCAGAAACCUGGAGAGAAAUUUAAAAAUCGAAAUUUAGACUAUGUAAUGCCCAUUAAUCCUUCAAAUACAUAAUUCACUUAAUAAUUCUUAAAAUAAUAAAUUGAUAAAGGUAACAGUUAAUAAAAAGGGACUUAACUUACAUAGAAUGAAUUAAGUUAAGCAAUUAAAAAGUUUCAAGAAUAUAUAUCUAAAAAAGAAGAAUUAAAUUCAAGCUAAGUUAAUUUAAAAUCUCACCAAGAAAAUGAAAAUUAAUAAAGUAACUCUAAGUUUAAAAUUUAAAAUUUUGACACUUAAGUUAAAUCUAAACAUCAGCACAAAUUCUCACAUGAUUUAUUACCAACAUCUAUAAAUGAUAAACCAAAAACUUAACAUAUUAGACAAUCUUCAGAUACCUUAAGAAAUGAUGGAAUUGUAGAAAAACUUUAUGAUUCCUUAAUGAAUAAAAAAUUAGCUAAUUCAAAACCAAACACACCUAGAAUGGGAACUUUUGAAUUUCCUUAAACUUUAGACGAUUAAUUAGAAUAAAAAAAAGAUAAAUAAUAAGAAGAAAUAUAUUAUAUUUUUAAAGUUAAGCAAGCCAUUACAUAAUAAAAUAAAAAUGAUUAUUUUACAAGAUUAUAUCGAAAACAUUUUAAAUAAUUAUGUUAAGAAUUGAGUAUUGGCACAAAGUUAAAGCCUAUUAAUUAUAAUGACAUAAAAGCAAAGGAAGUUAAAUUAGAAAAAUUAAAAAAAUAUAAAAGUAUGAUCCUUUUAUAAAUUAAUUGUAGAUUCUAUAACUUUAGUAUUUGAUUUAGAUGAAACCUUAAUACAUUGUAAUGAAAGAGAUCAUAAAUUAUAUGAUGCUAUAAUAACUGUUAACUUCAAUAAAAAACAGUAAGUAUUAGCUAAAAUUAAUGUUCGACCAAAUGCUAUAGAAAUACUUAAAAAAUUGUCCAAAGAUUUUGAAUUAAUAGUAUUUACAGCUUCGAAUAAAAUAUAUGCAAAAAGUGUAAUUGAUUAUUUAGAUCCAAAUAAUGAUAUAUUUGCACAUAGAGUUUAUAGAGAAUCUUGUAUUUUAACAUCAGGAGGAGUACAUAUUAAAGAUCUAAGAAUACUUAAUAGAAAUUUAGGGAGAAUUGCUUUAAUUGAUAAUUCUUCUUGUAAUUUCUCUUGGUAAAUUGAUAACGGGAUACCCGUCAUCCCUUUUUAUGAUAAUGAAUAAGACGAUGAGCUAAAUCAUUUAUAUAGAUAUUUGUUAGGAAUGAGAGAUUGGCAGGAUGUUAGAGAAUAUAAUAGGUAUAUUUUAUCUUUUAUUUUAGAAAACAUCUUUAAUUAUACAAAUAUACAGGCAAUAUUAAUUAAUUUUAAAAUAUUACUAGAUAUAUGAAAGAAAAUGAUUUUCUGAUUGAAGAUUAAAAUUGA